AUGGUGUCCAUAGUGCUACUUACGACUGAAGAAGUGCUACAGCGCAAUGGCUACUGGUACUGCUUGGACACGACCUGGAUCUCGGUGGAGAUGGAACCGUUCGAGGAGGUCAAGCCGGAGCAUAUGUUCGCGAAGCCACUCUCGAGGGACGUAUACUACACCAAGCACCCGGACAUACCUAGAAGCGAGUCGGAAGACGAGAACCCACUGACCGUGUCCGGGUUCAAAACGAAACACGAGGAGUGGAAGUCGAAAAUACGCAUCAGGAAGCUGGAAUCGCGCCGGCGGCACUCGAGCCAAUCGAACUACAGCGUCAAAUCAGCGAACAGCAACCCAUCGGUGACGGGUGACGAUACGACGACGCGCAUCACGUCGCUGAUGCAGAGAACCGAGGAUAAAUCGGAUUCGCACACCAGUAACGACAGCAAAGUGCGAGCGUUCUUUAGCCGUCUGCUGCAAAGCGUACCGCCGCCGCCACUGAGCGACAUGGCCGAAGCGAGACGGUGCUCGAUAAUAGAGCAAACGCCGGACAAGGAUUUCAACAGCGUCGACCUCCCCGACUACUCGGACUUCGAGAAGGACAGAAUACUCAAUCCGAAACACGAGAAAAGCCUGGUGCCUAGUACGUCGACGUUGAAGAGGAGGCUGCGAAAGGUCACCUUCAACACCGACGUGACCCGCAGCGAUUCGUGGUACGAAACGAUCUACGGCGUGUCAGACAUGAUCGGCUCCCGAGACUCUCUACAGGCGGUCAGCGACGGCGCUUUAUCGACGCAGCUACCAACCAAGGAAGUUGACAAUGAUUCGCCCAAAGACAACGACACAAAGGGCUCUCUGUCGUGGUCCGAUUUAUUUAGCCAUUGCGGAUUAGGCGGCUCCAUACUCAACUGCGAAGACCUUUCAAACAGAGAGGAAAAUAUCGUCAGUCGAUCACAUUGCGCUAAUGAUAGUGUCCUCGAUUUAUCACUCGACGACGAUGAAGCGGCCUACGCCAAGUUUGCCGUAUACAAAAUCUGUCAAACUUUGAAAAUAGAUGAGGGCAUUAUAGACUCGUCGUCGAUGAACGACUUGAAUAACAUAGAGCAGCUGAAAAACUUUGCUGCCAAGGCUGAUCCGUCUUUUUAUAGGUCCUUUUACCGCUUAGCCCCUGUAGAUAUAGAAGAAUCGCCCCCUGAGAACGAGUUGCAGAAGAAUUCGGACCGUGUUCUCUCCGAGCACGAGUUGCGCGUCCAGAGAUCGCUGCAGAAGCUCAAUGUACCCGAAUGGUACAAGAACGCGCCGGCGCCCCGCGAGGGGUUCCUGCUGCGGAAGAGGCUCUCGGACGCCUCGUCGGCCGCACGGUGGGGCGGGCUCAACUCCAAGACCACGUCGCUGGGCAGCCUCGGUGCCAACGCCCAACCGCCGCCGCCCCAACUCUCCCCGCACACCACCAGCUUCGGCAGAUGGUCCACUAGCCGUCUCAAUUCGAAUCAGACGUCGCCCUGUUCCUCUACACGCAGCAGCAUCCGCGGCGGGAGUCCCCUGUGCUCGCCCUCCGCUAGAUCUUCAUUCAGCGCGCGCCAGCCCUACCUCGGCUGGAGGAGCCAAGAGCGCCUCAACACCACCCCUAGGACGCCGCACGAGAGGCUAGCUUCCUCCCUCCUACAGCAGUCGACGGCGUCAGCCAAAGCGUCGGAGGAGAUCCAGUCUUCGAUAAAGGAAGUGACGUCAGCUAUAGUCCACUACGUAUCUGGACUCGAGCCCGCCAAUGGGGAUGUGGACCGCCAGCCGUCGCCUAGGUCCAGCCAGAAGUUGUAUUGGCUCGAGAGCUCCUUUGUCGGCACGAAACCUUUAGAUUCGCCGCAGACGCCAUUAGUGGUGACGGAGUCGCUGCCGCCGCCGCACCCGCGGCCGCCAUCUUCCCUACGCCUCGAGCACCGCGCCGCGCCCGACUGGCAAGAGUCACAGCAACCCAUGACUCUUGGGAGGCCAUCACCCGGCUCUACCACCUUAGAAGACGUACUGGAUUCCUUAUUGGGCCUACCUCCACAACCUGCAAGAAUACCCACUCCGCAGCCUAGUCCUAGGAAGAGUCCUUAUUACUUUAUGGGCGGGAAGAGCCCUCGGUACGAACAGUUGGCUAGUAGUGGACAUAGCAGCGCGUCACCAGCUUCCCGAUUCAUCGGCACCCCUAGUGAAGGGCCAAGCUCCUUCACUGACCCCAGCCCAGAUCACGAUCGACAAGGUAGGAAUGAUAUACAAGGAACCAGU